AUCGCGGUGACUCGGGGAAGACGGACACGCAGAGAGUGAACGAACAAAAAGAGCUGCUUUUGCAGUUUGCCUCCCCGACGAAGUUUCGGAUCCAAAGAACCAGAGAGUCAAGACAGCAAUCUCCUCCUCCCCCCGUUUCUCUCUUUCGAUUUCGCAUGUCAUUGUCUGUAAUCUGGGCUUUCGUCUUCCCAUUAUCGAUCCCUCAGAGCUCAGCCUCGAUCUUGCGACUGUCAUCUGUGAUAUCCCUGGCAGAAUUCUCACUCGGCUUUGACUUUGAUCAAUUGGUGCAUUCCUGGGCUCGACCCUUUUGCCGAUUGCUUGCUCCCUUGUCCGGAUUGCUCUGCGGAGCUCGAAUGCUGGUGGCAAAUCAAACCUCUCCGAGGGCUGGAAAACUUAAUGGAAGUUUUGGAAUGUGGAGAAGCUUAAGCCUUUUCAUUUGUUCCUUAAAACAAUGAUUGGUAGGAAAACCAUGGCAAGGGCAUCCCCAUUACUACUGGUUCUCUUAGCUUGUGGGUUUUGCUUCGCGACUUAUAACUUGCUAACCAUGAUAAUGCACAACCGAGUGGUUGGGAGAGGGGCUGGUGAUGAAUCAGAUGGUCUAUUAGUAUCGGACCCCAUUAUUGAGAUGCCGGACAAUGUAAAGAAACCGAGAAAUGCUAAAUUGCCUUUUCAUAUUGCCCUAACAGCAACUGACGCCCCUUACAGCAAGUGGCAGUGCCGCAUUAUGUAUUACUGGUAUAAGCAGCAGAAGGAUUUGCCUGGGUCUGAAAUGGGAGGAUUCACUCGAAUUUUGCAUUCAGGGAGUCCUGAUAACUUGAUGGAUGAGAUUCCUACAAUGGUGGUUGAUCCUCUUCCAGCAGGCCUUGAUCGGGGAUAUAUCGUCUUAAAUAGACCAUGGGCAUUUGUGCAGUGGCUGGAGAAGGCUACAAUUGAGGAAGAAUAUAUACUCAUGGCAGAGCCUGAUCACAUAUUUGUUAGACCUGUGCCCAACCUGGCUCAUACAGGAUAUCCUGCUGCAUUUCCUUUCUUCUACAUCAAGCCUGAUCAGAAUGAGAAGAUCGUAAGAAAGUUUUAUCCCGAGGAGAUGGGUCCUGUGACUAACAUCGACCCAAUUGGAAACUCCCCAGUAAUUAUCAAGAAGGAUCUUUUGAAAAAGAUUGCUCCGACAUGGAUGAAUGUAUCCUUGAAGAUGAAGGAGGAUCCAGAGACCGACAAAGCGUUUGGAUGGGUCCUAGAAAUGUAUGCGUACGCUGUAGCAUCAGCUUUGCAUGGAGUGCAGCAUGUUCUCCGUAAAGACUUCAUGUUACAGCCUCCGUGGGAUUUGGAGACGAAGGAUAAGUUCAUAAUUCAUUACACUUACGGGUGUGACUAUAACAUGAAGGGGGAGCUCACAUAUGGGAAGAUUGGCGAGUGGAGAUUUGACAAGCGGUCAUAUCUACGGGGACCUCCACCAAGAAACCUCUCAUUGCCCCCGCCUGGAGUUCCGGAAAGUGUGGUGACCCUUGUAAAGAUGGUGAAUGAAGCGACUGCUAACAUUCCGAAUUGGAAUACCGAAUAGGGAUCACUUGCUGUGAAUGAGAUAAGUCCAUGGGACCUGUCAUUUUUUGGGGGACUAAUCUCUUUUCCUUUCUUCACUUUCCUUAGAUGUUCAGGAUGAUGGCUUGUAUACAAAUUUUGGGUGUAUCCUGAGAAAAAAAUAUAUUUAAAAAGAAAAAAAGGAAAGAGAAAAGAUAUUUGGAAAUAAUAACGUUCGUACAUAUCU